AUGGGCACCUGUGGAAGUUUAAACGAAAGUCGCAAACUAGAGUAUGCAGUUGCUGUUGGAGAUGAAAAGGAGGGAGAGUCAAGAGCUUACCGUCAUCCUCAAUACAUGGAAAAUGCUUUGGCUGACUCAAACAUCCAAACUCUUUUUGAUUCAGUUAUGAACCAAUACCGGCUGUUCCCGCAUAAUAGGUUUUUGGGGACUUUAAGAGAAGACCACUAUGAGUGGAAAACCUAUCAAGAAGCACAUGAACUUGCCAAAAACUUUGGGUCUGGGCUGGUCAAUCUUAAUCUAUCGCCUAAAGAAAAGCAUGGAAAAUACAAUCUCAGCUUCUUAGGCCUAUACUCCAAAAAUAGGGAAGAAUGGGUAAUUGCAGACUAUGCGUGUAUACUUUAUAAUAUCACGACAGUACCUUUUUAUGAUACUUUGGGUGAAGAUUCUAUGAAAUUUAUCAUAAGUCAGACAAGAAUGCAUACAUUAUUGCUGACUAAAGAAAAGAUUCAAAAAGUCCUAAAAUUGAAACAUGAAGGGUCAGCAGAAUCGUUGAAUAAUUUAAUAAUAAUGGAGCAAGCCAGCGAUGAAGAUCGCGCUAAUGCAAGAGCAGUUGGGAUCACGCUAUAUGACUUUCAAGACAUUAUAAGUCAUGGGAUCAAAAAUCAAGCUGAAUAUAACCCUCCGUCUCCUGAUGACAUUUUUACUAUUACCUAUACAAGCGGGACCACUGGAGACUCUAAAGGAGUAAUUACAACCCAUCUCAACUUUAUUUCAAGUAUGGUAAAUUUCCACCUAUCCUUUACCAUCCAUGCAAAUGACAUUCAUAUUUCAUAUUUACCUAUUGCCCAUAUAUAUGAAAGGUAUCUAUUUCAUUAUAUAUAGAAAUUGCCUUUGAGUAGCACGCUAAGCGCCUGAGACUUCCCGACGAAGUCUGGGCGUGGUUUGACCAGCUGAUGUUGGUCAAACCAACAUCCAACAUGACAAAUUCUUCUCAUAUAGAAGAUUUGUCAAAUUGGAUGCUGGUUUGACCAACAUCAGCUGGUCAAACCACCGCCCAGACUUCGUCGGGAAGUCUCAGGCGCUUAGCGCGCUACUCAAAGGCAAUUUCUAUAGCGUAUAAUGGGGCUGCCGCUGGGUUUUAUAGAGGAGACCCUUUAAAGCUUAGAGAUGAUUUAGCAAUACUCAAGCCAUCAAUUUUUGCGACAGUUCCAAGAAUAUUAAAUCGGUUUUACGAUUUAAUUAACGGCUAUUUAUCAAAACCAACUGGAAAUAAAGCCAUAGCUAUAAAAAGAGCAAUAGCUGUCAAACUUGAAAAUUUAAAAAAUCACUCAGAGUGCUCCCACAAGUUCUAUGACUUUUUGAUUUUCAAAAAAAUCAGAAUGAUGCUUGGAAAUAAUAUAAGGCUAUGUGCUCUCUCGUCAGCGCCUAUUUCUCCUGAUAUCCUUAAUUUCAUGAAAAUUGCCUUAUGUUGCCCUAUUGUAGAAUGCUAUGGUCUAACUGAAGCAGGACCAGUAACUAUUUCUAAUAUUAAUGACCCUGAGUCUGGACAUAUAGGUGGUCCAAUACUAGGUGUCGAAAUAAAGCUUGUUGAUAUCCCUGAAAUGGGCUAUACCUCUCAUUAUGUCGACGAAAAAACGCAGCAGAAAUUCGCAGCUGGAGAAAUUUGCUUUAGAGGGCCUAACGUUACCAAAGGAUAUUUCAAGCUAAAAGAGAUAACCCGAGAAGUGAUUGAUGAAGAAGGCUGGUUCCAUACUGGAGACGUCGGGCUUAUAAGGAAUAAUGGCUCUUUAAAAGUUAUUGACAGGAAAAAAAAUAUUUUCAAGCUUGCCCAAGGAGAAUAUGUGGCGCCUAUCAAGAUAGAAAAUGCUUAUAUGAAAAGCCGGGAUGUCGCUUUAGUCUUUGUGUAUGGAGAUUCUUUGCAGAAUUAUCUGAUUGGAAUUGUGAUACCAGAAAAAGCUGAGGUGGAAGCCUGGGCGAAAGACCAUGAUAUAAAGGGAAAUUGGGAAGAAAUUUGUAAAAAUCCAGCAGUGGUUGAGAUGGUGCUGAAUGAUAUGAAUAGAAUUGGAAAAGAAUCAAAACUAAAUGGAUUUGAAUUGGUGAAAAAAGUGUAUUUGUAUCCAAAUAUGGUAGCGCCGGGAACACUGUUUUUGACUAGUACUUUCAAGAUUAAUAGAUACCAAGCAAGAAAGUAUUUCCAAGAGCAGAUAGAUUCUUUAUAUUCUUCUCAAUAA